AUGAACGAAGCAAAUUCCCUAACAAACAACGAGGCAGGCUCAUCAACACAGCAUCCGCUAAUGCAUCCUACAACGGGCACGACUGUUCGCGCGCCACCGUUCUCUACAGAGCGGCCUGCGCUGUGGUUCGCCCAGCUGGAAUCGCAAUUCAGAAUUCGAUCUGUUUGCAAUGAAGACGACAUGUUCCACCAUGCAGUAUCAUUGAUCGAUACGCAAACAGCAGCGGAGGUAGAAGAUUUAAUACUACGGCCUUCUACAUCAACACCGUACACCUCGUUGAAGACGGCCCUAAUCGAGUGCCUUACGAAGUCAAAAGGCGCUAAGCUCCUACAACUUUUAGAUGGUGAGGAAAUUGGUGACCGCACCCCGUCACAAUUUUUUCGUCACCUUCGUAGUCUUUGCCCGGACGUUUCAGACAACGUUAUUAAAGCAAGAUGGCAGUCCCAACUUUCACCGCAAACACGCGCUUGCCUGGCAGCACAGCCCGACGCCUCACUAGAAGACCUCAGUCGCCUAGCUGACAAAAUUCACGAGGUAAUUCCAAACGUCGCUCGCUCCAUUUCCUACAUUUCCGAAGAGCAGUCACUACGCUCCGAAAUAGCAGAAAUACGUAAGCAAUUACAAACGUUCCGUAUAAGCAACUCACGUAGUAGGCAACAUAGUCCACAACCUCGUGGCAGACGUAGCUCGUCACACAGUCGCGUGCGUUUGUCGACAGACGGCCAAUGUUUUUAUCACCGAAAAUUUGGCGCUAAUGCUCGACGAUGCCUACCAGGCUGCAAAUUUGCAAAAAACGCGAAAGCGGGUCUAUAA